UUCCUCUUCUAAUCUAAAAAAAGAAAGCCCAAAAACCCUAACCCGCCGCCACACGCUCACCUCCAGCCAUCGGCGCCGGCGCCGCUUCCCCCCACCCUACGCCCGCAGAGACAGGCAAGAAGAACCGCGCGCGAGGGCAGGGCGAUGGCGGCGUCCGACGGGGACUGGAAGCGGCUGUUCUAUGUGCGGCGCACGGUGUUGCAGAUGCUGCGAGACCGAGGGUACCUGGUGGCGGACGCCGACAUCGAGCUGACCGUGGCCGCGUUCCUCGAGCGCUACGGCGACCCCGUCAGCCGCGACGACCUCACCAUCCACUGCGCCAAGAAUGAAGACCCCAACGACCAGGUCAACGUCUUCUUCCUGGACGAGUCCAAGUCCGGCCUGGGCGCGAUCAGGACCUGCGUCGACAAGAUGAAGCAGCUGAACGUCAGCAGCGGCAUCCUCGUCCUGCAGAAGGCCCUGAGCGGCGCGGCCCGGACCGAGGUCCUGCAGAGCAAGAAGUACCGCCUCGAGGUCUUCAAGGAAAGCGAGCUCCUUGUGAACAUUACGGAGCACCAUCUCGUUCCCAAGCACGAGCUCCUGUCGGACGAGGAGAAGAAGGAGCUGCUGGAGAAAUACAUGGCUAAAGAAAUCCAGCUCCCUAAGAUUCAAAUAACGGAUCCGGUGGCAAGAUACUAUGGCAUGAAGCGUGGGCAGGUCGUGAAGAUCACCCGGAAAAGUGAGACCGCCGGAGAAUAUGUGACCUACCGUUAUGUUAUCUGAGCCACGAUAUACAUUCUCAAGGCUUGAAAUAUUGAGCGAGUACUGCCAGUUGAAAAGGCUUCAUCCACUGCUAAAUCUGGUCAGCGGCAGGGAGAUCCUGGUCUCUUAGAGUUCUGUAAGUGCCUUCUGAAGUGCCUUUGGUGUCUGUAAUUGCUUGGCAAUUUCGACAUGAUGCUGCUAUCUAGCUCUAGACAUAGGUUUCUGUAGAUGUGUUGUGUUUGUUGCUGCUAAAAUCACUCCGUGACUACAUGAGAUUGUCCAUCUGUUCCGAAAUUCAGUUACUUGUGCGCCCCUCUAUUUUGACGAAAUGGUAUGAGCAUAUAUGUAUGCCUUUCUGGGACUCUUGAACA